AAUAAAUAGUUGCUAUUAAUUAUUAAAUUUGUUUCCUAUGAUCUCAGCAGAAGGUGCUGUGUUAGUGUGUAAGCCCUGGUCCCCAAGAACACAGCCAUCUCCCCUGACUGCGGAGGAAUUUAGGCACGUGGGGCUCACAGCAGCUGUCCUCUCCGCACACACACAGAAGGAAGAACAGAACUACGUUGACAGGUUCCGGGAGAGGAUCCUAACCUCACCCUACAGUUGUUACCUUCAGCAGGAGAGCAGAAACAACGCUAAGUGCUCUUCUGUUCAAGGCUCUCCUCCUAAGCAGAGCAGAUGUGCUGGAAAGGAGAGACGGAAGCACAAACGGAAGAGGUUGCCGGUGCCUUUGGGCACCAGCAGCUCCAGUGCCAACUUCUGUUCCCAUAUCAGAGGACUCCUUCCUGAUGUUCAGCCCUGGAGCCCCUCCAUUGUCUGCUCUCCCCAUGCUGAAAGCCUCGCUUUCCCCGCAGCACUAGUAGCUCCCAGCCAGGCCCCUUAUGUUCUUUCAUCUUUUCCCUUCCCAGAUGUGGCCUCUCUGGGAGUAGGGGACUCUGCAGGCUGGGGAGCUGCUGUUGAAUGCCCACCUCUGUCCACAGGCCCUCAGUCUGUUCCGGCUUUCCCUUCUGCCUACUUGGACACAUUCACGACCAUCUUCCUACACAACUCCCCCAUCUUUCCUCUGUGGUCAGCGUCAUUCCCCUCGUAUCCAUUCCUGGGGGCCACAGCUUCUUCUGGAAUGACACCCUUAGUACCAGCAAUGGCUCCACACCUGGAACCAACUUCUUCAGACCACAGCCAAAGGAGAGUGGGGGAAAGCUGGGAGACACACGGUGAAGAGCAUCCAUUUAUCAGCUCAAGGAGCAGUUCGCCAUUACAGUUAAAUUUACUCCAGGAAGAGAUGCCUGCACCGUCUGAAUCUCCAGAUCCAGUGAGAAAGGGCAUUGGCCCAGAGUCUGAGUGUGUAAGUGUCAGUACAUGAGUGAGUGAGAAAAUCUGGGUCCUCUUACCAAGUCAAAGGCCCAACGCUGACGGCUUCAUCACUAGUGGGUGACCCCCCUCACAGCUGUGGUUAGGACUAAGCCCCGCUCUGUGUAAGUGAGAAUGUGUCCCUGUCCACCUGUGGGACAGAAAUGAGAGUCUUCUGUUCUUGAUUCUUGGGGAAGGUUUUCACAAAUUCUGUAUUGCAGAAUUUUUAUGUGUACUAGGUUUCCUCUACCUUUUAAUUUUUGAUAUCCAGGUAUUAAACUUAAUAUGUUCAUUCU